UUCCCAUCGCUGGUUUUGCCUUUCUUGUCACCACUACAUUUCGCCGGGUGGGCCACAAAUGGCGAGGAGGCGUGCUGCAGCCACGGCGAGUUCGGAUCGGCGGAGGGGUCGACGCGAAGGACCAAGCCGAGAAGGUCAAUUUGACGAAUCGAACUCGGAUCGGAGGCUCAUCGCUAUCUUCGUCAUCUUCUUCGUCGUGAUUCCUGCCGUUUCGGUGGUCAUCUACAAUGUCAAGUUCGCUCAACGAGGGAUUCAUCCGACAUCUUCCGUACGUCAACGGAGACUCGUCAAAACCGAUAUUAGUUUCCGAGAGAUCCUCAGUGAACACUCCAAGGCGGCAGAGAACGCAUCGAGUCGGCACUAUGAUUAUCCAGUGUUAGCAUAUGUCACGCCUUGGAACUCAAAAGGAUAUGAGAUGGCAAAGGUGUUCAACUCCAAGUUCACACAUUUAUCACCGGUUUGGUACGACCUGAAGAGUCAAGGAAGUGGCUUGAUUUUGGAAGGGAGACAAAAUGUUGAUAAAGGGUGGAUCCAAGAUCUCCGAUCACGAGGGAAUGCUCUGAUAUUACCGAGAGUGGUUCUGGAAGCAUUCCCCAGAGAGCUACUCAGAAAGAAGAAACUAAGGGAUCAAGCUAUCAACCUCAUUGUCACAGAGUGCAAGGAAAUGGAAUAUGAUGGUAUCGUGUUAGAGUCUUGGUCGAGGUGGGCAGCUUAUGGGGUUUUGCAUGAUCCAGACAUGCGGACAAUGGCAUUGCAAUUCAUAAAACAACUUGGAAAUGCCCUCCACUCCACGAUAUCUCCAAGAAAUCAGGAGCAACAUAUGCAGUUUAUGUAUGUCAUAGGUCCACCUCAUUCAGAGAAUCUUCAACCAUACGACUUUGGACCAGAAGAUCUCCGAAGCGUGAAAGAUUAUGUGGAUGGCUUCUCUCUCAUGACCUACGAUUUCUCCAGUCCCCAAAAACCUGGCCCGAAUGCUCCUCUCAAAUGGAUAGGCUUUACCCUUAGGCUCCUGCUCGGUUCAUCUGACAGUGUCGACCAAAACCUGGCAAGAAAGAUUCUGCUCGGUAUCAACUUCUACGGCAAUGACUUCACACUUUCUGAUGAAUCGGGCGGUGGGGCAAUAACCGGAAGGGAUUAUCUCUCGUUGCUCGAGAAGCAGAAGCCGACGAUUGAAUGGGAUAAAGAGAGCGGAGAGCAUUAUUUUGUGUAUAGAGAUGAGAAAAGGAACAAGCAUGUUGUUUUCUACCCGACAUUGAUGUCAAUCCUUGUGCGGCUUGAGAAUGCUCGUCUGUGGGGUAUUGGCGUCUCCAUCUGGGAAAUCGGACAAGGCUUAGAUUAUUUCUUUUAUCUUUUUUAAGUGAUGUCCCCCCUUGUGCUUCUUCUUCAUUGUAGGGCUUAUCAAUUGCGGUUUCAAGUCUUGAGAGUGAUCCUUUUGUACGAUGUUUUUUUUUUGUGUGUGUUAGGGACGAAGAUAAUUUUUUGAAAUCAUCCGCA